UCUGUUCGACAGCCCUCGAGUGCGGUUCUAGCUCCCCUCUCACCACAAAUAAUCCCAGCUUACGGCGGCCAACCGUCAAAAGUAAACCAGCCAAGUGUUAUUUGUUUUGAAAACCCAAAGUUCCACGAGACAUCAAACGCGAGCCACAGGCCGACACUCAAAGCAGCUGUCACUUGAACCCAAUCAACGAACGAAUCAACGAAAUAAUAAAUCAGCCACGAAACCAACUACAAUAGCAACGAAACUAACGAUAUCUUGUCCGGUGAACAGAUGUUUUGAAAAGCCCCCGAAAAUCACAAGAGAUCCUAGAAAGGACUUUGAGUAACAGAAGUUACUGAAGCCGCGAUAAGGUGAAGUUUUUUAGAGUGCAAAAGAAAGUUGCGGAAACCAAACGAUCGAGCGGAAGCAGGACGAGAUACUGCCAAUCGGAAAACUAGCCUACGGUAUACUUUGCGGAAAAGAACAAGGAUCAGGGACCCUGCGCCCGCGUCCGCAAGAUUCGUCCAAUAAACAUGGGCGGCAAUGUGGAGCAGCGUCCUUGGACUCCAACGGUCCGCAUCGGAAGGAUUGCAGCCGAAACCACCAAUCCAGGUCCAGCCACUGUCCAGCUUCCGACGCUGAUCGGUAGCAAAGUUCCGGACUCGAAGAAGAAGGCCGCUCCCUCGUACUCCUUUGGUCACAAGCUGGGCGGGAAGUACACCACGUCUGGCCCUGGUCCGGCGCAGUACAAUGUGACAGGUAUGCGGGCGAAGGGGCGGGACUAUCCCCGAGCAGCCACCCUCCAGAGUCGCCCCAAGGAACUCACUCGCUUCUCGAACCCCGGACCCGGCGAGUACGACGUGGUGCCGGCUGCCAAGGCCGUGAUCGAUGCCACGCCCAAGUACACCUUUGGCCAACGACCGGCCGCCCUGAAGACCUUCCAGAUUCCAGGUCCCAACCAUUAUCGAGUGGUACCCCUUGAUGUCGUCAAGCGGCGAGCCCCACGAUACUCCUUUCGCAUUAAGGUUAACGUGUACUUUGUUAACAAUCCAGCUCCGAAUAGCUAUUGCCCUGAAAAGGUCACGCAAUCAAAAAAGAAUGCGCCACGCUACACUUUCGGUAGACGAACUAAAAUCGAACACGAUCAGGGCACACCAGCUCCUGGCGCCUAUUGCCCCGAAAAGGUGAAGCUCAGCAAGACGCCGGAGUUCAGUUUCGGCAUCAAGCACCUCGAACAGAGACCAGACUAUACGCCAGCCCCGGGCACCUACAAACCCGAGCAGGUUGUCCAAGAACACAUUCCCGCCUACAGCUUCGGCCUGAAAACCAAACACUCUCAGGUCAGCGACACUCCAGCACCCGGUGCCUACAGCCCCGAAAAAUCGAGACUACACUCCACACCCGCUUACUCAAUCACAGGAAAGGCCUCCCAAGACGUUGUCGAUUGUACACCAGCCCCCGGAGCAUACGAACCCGAGAAGUGCGUGCUGAGCAGGACGCCUGCCUUCAGCUUCGGCCACCGCGUGGACCUCGCCAAGUCCAGCGACACGCCCGCACCCGGCACCUACAAUCCCGAGAAGGUGCGGCUGGACCACACGCCCGCCUUCACCCUCUCCGGCCGCCCCGAGACGAGGUGCGUCAGCGAGACCCCGGCGCCCGGUUCGUAUGCCCCGGAGAAGUACCGCAACGACCGCACGCCGGCCUUCACCUUCGGCGGUAAGCACGAGCAGCGCCUCGAGAGCUCCACUCCGGCACCGGGCGACUACUGCCCCGAAAAAGUCCGGCACGAUCACACUCCCGCUUUCUCAUUCGCCGGUCGCCACGACUUGCACAAGACCAGCGACACACCAGCACCAGGCGCCUAUGACACGGAAAAGGUCCGCCAUGAUCACAAUCCCGCCUACUCCUUUGCCGGGCGACACGAUCUCCACAAGCCCAGUGAAACCCCCGCCCCGGGUGCCUAUUCCCCAGAGAAAGUGCGCCUAGAUCACAACCCUGCUUUCACCAUGGCUGGGAAGCACAGUCAAAAGAUCACGAGCGAGACCCCAGCUCCAGGCGACUACUGUCCCGAGAAGGUUCGGUUAGAUCACACUCCCGCCUUUAGUUUUGGGGUGAAGAGCGAUCCGAAGGUAGAAAACCACACCCCAGCCCCAGGGGACUAUCACCCCGAAAAGGUCAGGCAGGAUCAUAACCCUGCUUAUUCCUUCGCUGGCCGCCAUGACCUCCACAAACCCAGCGAGACUCCUGCUCCAGGAGCUUACUCUCCGGAGAAAGUUCGCCAAGAUCACAAUCCUGCCUUUUCAAUGGCUGGCAAGCAUAUCGAAAAGCUCACAAAUGGAACUCCAGCUCCUGGAGAUUACAGUCCCGAAAAGGUUAGAUUAGAUCACACACCUGCUUAUAGUUUUGGAAGUAAGAAAGUGGAGAACAAUACGCCCGCUCCAGGAGAUUAUCAUCCUGAGAAGGUAAGGCAGGACCACAAUCCCGCCUUCUCCUUUGCCGGUCGUUAUGACCUUCAGAAGCCAAGUGAUACUCCUGCCCCCGGUGCCUAUUCCCCCGAGAAAGUUCGUCAGGAUCACAAUCCUGCUUUCUCGAUAGCUGGAAGACAUAUUGAAAAGCUCGCAAAUGGAACACCAGCUCCUGGUGACUACUCUCCAGAGAAAGUCCGGUUAGAUCACACACCUGCCUACACUUUUGGUGGCAAAAACGAUCCUAAAAUAGAAAACAAUACCCCAGCUCCAGGUGAUUAUCAUCCCGAGAAAGUUAGGCAAGAUCACAAUCCAGCCUUUUCCUUCGCUGGCCGUCAUGAUCUCCACAAACCCAGCGAAACACCCGCUCCUGGAGCCUAUUCUCCAGAAAAAGUCCGACAAGAUCAUAACCCUGCCUUCUCGAUGGCCGGCAAACAUGAUCCUAAGGUCUCUAAUAACACUCCUGCCCCUGGUGACUACAGUCCCGAAAAAUGCCGUCUAGAUCAUACGCCCUCCUAUACGUUUGCUGGGAAAAAUGAUCCCAAAAUUGAAAACAAUACUCCAGCUCCAGGUGAUUAUCAUCCUGAAAAAGUUCGACUAGAUCACAACCCAGCUUUUUCCUUCGCCGGGCGACAUGAUCUUCAGAAGCCCAGUGAUACUCCAGCCCCUGGAGCCUAUUCCCCCGAGAAAGUUCGCCAGGAUCACAACCCAGCCUAUUCCAUGGCUGGCAAACACAUCGAAAAGAUCACGAAUGGAACUCCAGCUCCUGGAGAUUACUCCCCAGAGAAAGUUCGUUUAGAUCACACGCCUGCCUAUACUUUUGGUGGUAAAAACGAUCCAAAGGUAGAGAACAAUACCCCAGCUCCAGGGGAUUAUCAUCCUGAGAAGGUAAGGCAGGACCACAAUCCCGCCUUCUCCUUUGCUGGUCGUUAUGACCUUCAGAAGCCAAGUGAUACUCCCGCCCCUGGUGCCUAUUCCCCCGAGAAAAUUCGUCAGGAUCACAACCCUGCUUUCUCGAUAGCUGGAAGACAUAUUGAAAAGCUCACAAAUGGAACACCAGCUCCUGGUGACUACUCUCCAGAGAAAGUCCGGUUAGAUCACACACCUGCCUACACUUUUGGUGGCAAAAACGAUCCUAAAAUAGAAAACAAUACCCCAGCUCCAGGUGAUUAUCAUCCUGAGAAGGUAAGGCAAGAUCACAACCCUGCCUUUUCCUUCGCCGGGCGUCAUGAUCUUCAAAAGGCCAGUGAUACUCCUGCUCCGGGGGCCUACUACCCCGAGAAAACUAGGCAGGAUCAUAACCCUGCUUUCUCGAUGGCUGGCAAGCAUAUCGAAAAGCUAACAAACGGCACUCCAGCUCCUGGAGAUUACUGCCCCGAGAAGGUUCGCUUGGAUUACACUCCAGCUUACAGCUUCGGUAGUAAGAACGAUCCGAAAGUGGAGAACCAUACACCAGCUCCCGGUGAUUAUCACCCAGAAAAGGUUAGGCAAGAUCACAACCCUGCCUUCUCCUUCGCCGGUCGUCAUGAUCUCCAUAGACCGAGUGAGACCCCCGCCCCGGGAGCCUACUCCCCUGAGAAAGUCAGGCAGGACCACAAUCCCGCCUUUACCAUGGCGGGAAAGCAUGAUCCUAGGGUUACGAAUGACACUCCGGCACCUGGGGACUACCACCCUGAGAAGGUUAGACAAGAUCAUGUGCCCGCCUUCUCCUUCGCCGGUCGCCACGACCUGCAGAAGCCCAGUGAAACGCCCGCACCCGGAGACUACUUCCCGGAGAAGGUCAGGCAGGAUUUCAAUCCGGCAUUCACCUUCGCCGCCAGACAUGAGCUGCGAACCCUCAGCGAAUCCCCGGCACCCGGAGACUACAGCCCCGAGAAGGUGCGACUGGACCGAGCACCCGCAUUCAGCUUUGGCGGCAAACAUGACCCCAAAACGGAGCACCUUCAUCCCGCGCCAUGCGACUACGCCCCCGAGAGAGUUCGCCUCGACCAUACACCCGCCUACACAAUUGCAGGUCGUCCAGCCGCCGAGCCCGUGAGCCAGACGCCGGCUCCCUGCGACUACCAUCCGGAGAAGUGCCAGGUGGACCACACGCCGGCGUUCACCUUCGGCAUGCGCCUGGGAAGGGAGCGCAUCUCGGACACACCAGCACCCUCCGCCUAUGAGCCGGAGAAGCACCCACUGCACUCCACACCCGCCUACAGCUUUGGCACCAAGUCGGACAUCCGCGUGACCACCGAUGCCCCAGCCCCCGGUCACUAUCAUCCCGAGCAGUGCAAGCUGGACAGCUCGCCAGCCUACAGUUUUGGCCUGAAGACAGUGCCAACUGCCUCGCUUCCAGAACCCAGGGGCGUCUACAUCGAGGAUCGCAUUGUCCAACGACGCGAACGCCGCCUGGCCAGUCCCGUACGCAACAAUGCUGAAUGCACCACCACAACCACCCAGAACACCACCAACAAUGCUGGUGGCAGCAGCACCACAACAACCACCACCACCACCACCACCACAAGAACCUUUAUCAAUGGAGUGGAGCAGCCGGAGCUGCAGGAGAAGCAGACCACCAAACAGGUGAAUGGCACCCACAAAGAGCUUAAGUCCGCACCACCGGCACCACUGAGCAAUGGCACUGUGAAGCACUCCAAGAUCGAGGCCUACACGGUGCAGCAGGUGGCCCACGGGCAGCAGGAGAGCGGCAACCUGAAGGUGGUGGCCAGCGGUAAGUCCGAUGCCAGUGCCACCAAGGCGGCGGCCGAGAGCCACCAGAGGGUGGUGCGCCCGGAUGGCGCCAUCGUGACCAGCGGCCAGUCCUCGAGGAUGCAGACGGUCAAGUACGCUGUGGAGGCCAGCAGUGUGCAGGAGAAGAUUAUCAGCUCCUAACGUCUACAAGAUACCCACCGUCAUGGGCAGCAGCAAGGAGGGCAAGAUUCGCUCGGCCCCGGCCUACACGAUCACGGGUCGCGAGAAGCCCCCGCUGAUCCCGGUGAUGAUCUUCCCCGGACCCGGAU